AUGCGCCGUUGUCCUUUACUUCCACGGUCUCUUAUAUCCCGCUAUCGGGCCUUAUUAGGUGUUUCUACCAUCUCUGCUAUUCGACAUCAGAGCAGCGGUGUGAAGAGUACCGUUGGGGAAACAAUGAAGGCCUCUGGUUUUCAACUCUCCACACCCAAUUUCUCCAUUGAUCACGCAAAUGAAAUGGAAUCCACGGCGGAGUCUGAUCUUGUGAAUGAUCUCAUUACCACUCCAGUGACAAGUGUGGAUUUUGUGCGGGAUUUGUAUGGACCUUGGCUUGUUCUCACAGAGGCCUUACAAGGUGAACUUUUUAUAGAUCACGAUCGUAUGGUUUAUUUCCGUCCUGCGAAUGGUUUAGGAUUUGGUGUGGGUCGUAUACACAUUCUAAAUGAAGAAAAUAAUAAUAAUAAUAAUAAUAAUAAUAAUAAGACUUCUUCUUUGGCUGGAGUAAUCUUUACAUUACAAUUGGAAUCUUAUACAUAUCCUGUAACUUCAUCUAUGCCACCGUAUGCCCCUGUGAAGAUGGAAGUGACGGGAGUAGUAAAUCGUGUGCGAUCCACAUCAAAUGAAUAUUCCACAUUUUCUCUUGUAGGCACUUGGCGGGGAAAAGAUGAUAGUGAAAGUGGAAAGUUUAAUGCGGCAAAACUCUCACCAUGGGAUCCUACGAUGAGUGCCAAACCGUGGGAACCCAAUGGGGAGUUAUUACAAGUAUUCCAACAGGUAUUUCCAAAGGAGUUGAAACUAACAUCCCAUGUUAAACGCUCACAGGCGUUGCAGGAGACCAUUCACAAGAACAAUGACAAUAAUAAGAAUAAUAAUAAUAAUAAUAAUAAUAAUACGUUUGGUAACAUCAAUAUCAAUCUAAACAAGCCAUUACCACUUCAUAUGUCAUUGGAUCAAUAUCGGGUUGGGGAUGUAUCGGAUGUACAUUACAUUCCAAACUACAUUUCAGAAGAAGAAGAAAAACAAAUGUUAGAGUUUGUACAAAAUACACCAAAAGAACUCAAGAGUCAAUUAACAAAACGUACAGCACAAGAAUGGGGAUGUAGUAUGUGUGAAGAAUGUAAUAAAAGUUUCGUUUCGGAUAGAAAUAUGCCUCCAUGGGUGGAACGAUAUACCGAUAUGUUAUUACAUGAUGGUAUUUAUACACCUAGUUCAUUCCCUAAUAGUGUUCGUAUACAUGAAUAUCAAGUUGGUGAAGGUAUUGCCCCUCACUGUGAUGGUCCUAUUUAUUUCCCAUUGGUUUCUGUUCUUUCUCUUAAUUCUCCGUGUGUAAUGUUCUUCUAUCCCCGUCGUGAACCCCAUGCACAACCAAUGGAACAUUAUAAUGAUACCUUUCGCUUUGAUGGUGAUAUCCCGGCAGAGCGUCCAAUUCAAUGUGUAGUGAUGGAGCCUCGUUCACUUUUACUAUUUCGCGGAGAUGCGUAUUAUUACUAUCCACAUGGUACCUCAGAUCGAGCGGUAGACUCCCUUGCACCAGAAGUUGCGGGUACAGUUGUGAAUAGACAUCUUUUACAAGAUAAGAAUAUCACAGAAGUGAAAAAAGGAUAUCGUGUGAGUAUUACAACACGAAAUCUACUUCCACGUUGUAAUCAUCAACCCUCACGGGCGGAAUAUUGUAUGAAACGUGCAUGGUAUGUUUAUAAUCAUUUACCAGAACCAGAACCACUCAUCACACCACCACCAGUAAUGAUGAAGACGACUCCAUCAUCAUUGAAAUCUUCUUCUUCUUCUUCUACUGUAGAAGAAACAAAGAAAGCAGAACCCGUAAUGACGAUGAGUAAUACAGCUAUGAAUGGGGGAUUGAUUCAACUGGAAAAGAAAAUAAAUGAGUUACUUACCCAACAAAAUUCAUUGGCCCAACAAGUGAAUGAAUUACGUCAGUUUAUGGCAGGAGAUGUAACGUUUCGAAAAGAAGUUUCAACUGUACUCAGUCAUCUCUCUUCUACAGUCUUGGAUAUAGACAGUAAACUGGAUGAUAUGAUACAAGAGAGAAACAAUGGAAAGGGAAAGGAGUCUUCUUCAUCCUCAAAGUAA